UUGAAAAUGCUUAUGUGGCAACAUCUGUUUGUUUUAUGACUUUGAUUGUGCAAAAUUGUUAUUAUCACUCAAAAUUUAGAAUUUCAGUGAAAGAAAUUUGUGUAAAUAGUGAAAAAGCACUCUUUUCAAUGAGUGAAUUAAAGAACAAUGUUUCAAGUCAUGUACCAGAUAAUAUGAAUUCUGAAUUAGAAGUUGAGACUACAAAACCUUUAGUGGAAGAACCUAUUUUCCAAUUGCCAAAUACUGUAACUUAUAUUGAAGGUACAGAUGGAACUAAAAUAUAUGUUGUGGGUACGGCACAUUUUAGUGAAGAAUCCCAAAAUGAUGUCAUUAAGACGAUACAAAACAUGAAACCAAAUAUAGUGAUGGUUGAAUUGUGUUCGAGCCGAGCUCACAUUUUGCAAUUUGAUAAAGAAGCCCUAUUAGAAGAAGCUAGCACUAUAACAGUGAAGAGGAUUCAGGCUAUAUGUAAGCAAAAUGGUUUAUUUAAUGGACUUAUGUAUAUAAUGUUGUUGAAAACAAUAGCUUCAAUAACAAAACAAUUGAACAUGGCUCCUGGCGGCGAAUUUAGGGUGGCUUUCAUUGAGGCUUCCAAGAUUCCAAAAUGUGUAUUUCAAUUGGGCGAUCGUCCUUUAAGUAUUACUAUACAGAGAGCAUUAGGUGCGUUGAGUUGGUGGAGAACCAUAAAACUUCUUUGGAGUUUGCUUGUACAUCCAACGUCCAUAAGCAAAAAAGAAGUUGAGGAUUAUAAAAAUUCUGAUUUUCUGGAGAAAAUGCUUUUGGAAUUGUCAAAGGAAUAUCCUGAAUUGGGUCGAGUAUUUAUACAUGAGCGUGACAAAUUCUUGGCAUAUUCAUUGCAAGUAGCAACACGUCACUAUCCAAGCGUGGAGCGUCCUUUGUUAGUGGUUGGUGUUGUUGGAUUAGGGCAUAUUUCAGGAAUUGUGAAACAUUUUGGCAAAGUAACGGCUGAAGAAAUAAGAGAGCUUCUAAGGGUUCCUGAACCAUCAAAAUCUAGUAUAAUCAUUCAAAAAGGUUUUAAGUAUACAGCUGUGGUUGCAUGUGUUUAUUUUAGUUUCAAAAUGUUACCUAUGAGUGUAAAGACAGGGAUAUUUGAGAUGACUCAGAAGAUUUUGCCUUCCAAAUGAACCAUUUAUUAGAAAUUAGUUUAUUUAAGCAUAUUUUGCAUAUAUGCCAUUUUCAUACACUAUGAAUUUAUAUAUGAUAUGUAUAUAUGUACAUAUAUAUUUAUAUACAUAUACAUGGGAGUAGCUAGGAGACAGUUGUGGAUUAUUUUCGUACAUUCACAAAUCUUAGCUAUUUCUAUGUAUAUAUAUGUGGUAUAAAUAUGUAUAUAUAAUUAUUGCCGGUCGGACUUUUUGCGGGGCUUGAAGCUAAAUGGCAAUGCGGAACCUCAUGAAUAUGAACUCGAAGAAGAAGUACUAUAGUAAUACAUGCAUUAUAUGUCAACAUUUCACAAAUUUGCAAGUGAAUACAAAAAUGCAUUUAACAUUAAAUAUACAUUUAAAAAUCGAUUCAAAGCAAAAAUUAAAUGUUUAAACAAUUAAUUUAAAAUUGACAAAUAAACAAUAAUUAUAUAUAUGUUAUCUUGAAUUUUAAAUAGUAUGUUUUGAAAUAAGAGUGCUUGGUGCACCUGCCUCUGG